AUGGAUAAUUUUCGCAAUCCUGACCCCUGUGUUGGCACCAUUAAAUAUUUGCAGACCAACUAUACCUGUUUGCCUUCAGCUAUGUCACCUGCAUGCUUUAGCGUGGUGGUGUGUGAGGAGUCGGAGUCAUUUUUGUAUUGUGGAGUUGGACAAAGAAUUAUGAUCUUGGGUGAGGACUAUGGUCGCCGUGACCGGAAAAUAUGUGCAUUUAGAAGGCCUCCUCAUGAAAUACAAAACACGGAAUGCUCGCACCAAACGAAUAUCGUCGCCACAAAGUGUAAUAACAAAAACACCUGUAGUAUUAAAGCCAGCAACUCUUUGUUUGGAGACCCCUGUAGAGGCACCUACAAGUACCUGGAGCUUGCUUACACGUGUCUUUAUCCUGGGCAGUAUUUGUAG